UAAAAGACAAGUUUUACAAAUUAAAUCAAGAUUAAAUAUUCUAAAUAACAGAAAGGCAUAGUUUCAGAUCACAGUUUAUUCUGGUGCAAGGUCACAAGUUCUUGUAGCUAUGUUGAAAACCAAGAACCUGAGCAUGGCAGCUUUGUUAUUUCCUCUGUUACAUUGGCAGCAUCUGUGCAAUGUCCAAGACUUCUUCCAAAGGUUUUAGUGAACCAGUUAUAACCAGCCCUGCCCAUCUUAGAGGUCAGUCUGGGGACAGCUGGAGCAACUACCAUGAUGUUACAGCACCAUUCACACGUAUGCAUGUCACACGGAUAGAAAAAUCUCUACAUUUUGAAUGUCAAACAAACAAAUUUGGCAAGUUAAUUUACUGAACGUACAGUCGAGGAGACCAAAAGGGAUCUCCACUUGUAAGAACACUAUGUAUCAACCUGUACUGAAUAUAAUGAAAUGUGUAAAAGUUCAGUGUUGUAAAUAGCUCCAAUUCUGGCAAACAUGUGACUUUUCGUUGGCAUUUGAGGGAAGAGGUUACGUGCAGUGUUCGGUCGUAACUACAGUCCCACGGAUAACCUCUUGAGAGGGUGAAUUUCAAGCGUAUGAAGUGUCACACGAUGGACCUACAGGUCAAUGGAGAACAUGAGAAGGAACAUGGACAAACUGAGUAAAAACACUCCAGAGCAUCAGCAGAUGGUCUAUUUAAAGAUCUCUUUAAAAGAGAACAUGUCUUUAAAUCACUUUCUAAAAUUACAUUGCUUAUAAGACAUGUACGAGAUGAUCAUAAGAUAUGAUGUGAGUAGACAUAACAACGCAUGACAAACUGAAAUCAUGUGCUGUUGUUGUCAGAUUCUGUUUAUUUGUCCUGCAGAAAAGUGACGUAUAGAACUACUUUUAAUAGUUCUAAGUAAAUAACUUGGCUUCAAGCAUCAUUUGAGGCAUAUUGCCCUUCUUCUGGUAAUAUUUAUCUGUGAUAUUAAUCAAAUCUUUUUAGAUGUUUAUGUAGGAACUCAAGAGAGACUCAAAGGGAACAGUUUGGUUGUCAACAUUUUUUAUGAUCUCAGGGUGGGAGCAGUGUCACAGGGGCAUGUGAACAUACAGUGGGAGGAGCUAGACGAGGACCACUCAUUUCUAAGCUGAAGUCACUGGAUAUUAGACCUUAAAAUAGCCCUACAGAGUGUAUAUAGGGAUCCUCACCCUCUGGCCACAUCAGACAACGGUUCAGUGCAACAGCAAACAUACAGUGCAACAAAUUAUUUCUAUUUCAUAAAGGAAAAGCCGGUGAGAAAAAGAUGACCACACAAGCUAAAAAAGGGGGGACUGGACACAGUGAAGUAAAGCAAAGGAUCUGAAAAGUGCUUGUGCUAUCCAGAAACAGCAGGAGCUGCUCGGCUAGAAACUAAAAGGAUAAAAGCCAAACAAAGAGAGGACAAAAAGGACACAGAGCAAAGGAUACUGCUGUUUUAUUGGAUUGUUGUGUUCCCUUUGGAUUUCUCACUGAGCUAAGAGAAAAGGAGGAGACAGAGCAGCAACCACGGCAGGGAUGAAGUACAACUACCAUGUACCGGUGUCAACGUACACUGGCAGUUCACAGUACACGCCAAUGUACCACACACCGACUCACUAUACCCCUUCACAUUACACACCAACUCUGUACACAUCUACAUACAGCUCAGUGUCAAAGUACACCCCAACACAGUACAGUUCGACAUACUACACCCCGUCACAUUACACACCCACCUCCAAAGCUACAUCAACGUACGUCCCUUCUUACAGCAAAGGCUCUCGGUACAGUUCGACACAGCGCACACAAGCAAAGGAAAAGCCUGUACCUGUGAUACCUGUCACACCUGCAAAAAGAGCAGUGCACUUCCCCAAUGACAUCAUCUUCCAAGAUAUUGUUAGACGAGGAGAUAUGGAGCAGAUUGGUCGAUUCAUGAGAGCGAGGAAGGUUCGUGUGGACACACUUUUCCACUCAGGUAUGGCAGCUCUACAUGAAGCUGUGCUCACAGGAAACCUGGAGGUGGUGAAGCUGCUGGUGAAAUACGGAGCCGAUGUCCACCAGAGAGAUGAGGACGGCUGGACGCCACUUCACAUGGCCUGCAGCGACGGCUACCCGGAAAUCGCCAGGUACCUCCUGGCAAUGGGAGCCAGCACCGAGGCAGAGAAUGAAAGCGGAGAGAAGCCUGCAGACCUUAUUGAUCCAGACUGCACAGAGCUGGCUAAACUAUUUGAGACUGGCUGUAUGUGACUGGAUGCUAAAUAGAAACAAUAUACAGAAAUAAGAUCAGCAGCAGCUUAGAGAUCAAUGUAUUGUAAUAUUCACCAAACCAAGCACAAGAACAUUUCUGCUGGUGCUCACCGAUCCUGUAAAACAAAACUCUUCAAGCUUGUUUAGUUUCAAAACUGUAGCAAAGCUGCUAUGAAACAGUUAUUUUAAUUUAUAGCUGUAAAGAAAUAUUUCAUUUAGAUUUUUCUGGUGAUUCUUUUAUUUUAUUCUAUUGGACUUUGUUUUCUGCAUUUGUAUAUUUGUCAUACUGCCAAUGUCAGUGCUUCUAAAUGUUAAUCUACACUGCUAUCUCAUGUAACAUAAGACAUUUCCCUGUAUCAAAAUGUUAUCUUGUGUAGUUCAGGCCUGAAUAUUUAUUCAUUUCAGUAGAAUAUUAGAUUUCUAUCCUCGUAAGCAUUUCGAUUUAAAUAUUUUAUCAGCUGUGUUAGUGUGAAGCAGUCACAUGGUUACACUCUGCAGGACUGUUUGCUCAAAAACUAUCAUCAUACAUUGAAUCUGCAGAAAAAAAUUUGGGCUGAGAUGAAUGUGUCUUAUAGAAGGACUUAUGUAUCCUUACUGCUGGACAGAAAGAGGAUAUCCCAAAUACCUAAUUGAUGGUUAGAAAUGAAGAAAACAGCAGUUCAUGUUGCACAAGUUUCUUUUACUGCUGCAUUAUUUUCCCUAAUGCAUUACCUUUUGUUUUCUGCAGUGAAAAUACAAAUGUUAGCGAUUGAA